UUACAAAACCGGAGGAUAUCCAGCGCCACCUGUCCGCUGCUUCUUGAUUGCCGGCGUGUACCUACCCCUGCCCUGACUGCUUCCCGUUGGGUCCCCUCUUUCAAAUCCUCGCUUCCAUCUUCCGUGGGCCACGGCUUGGUGCAGUCGCCGACCGCUGAUCUGUUAGGGAGGCCGAUCUUGGCCUCUGGUGAUCUGUAGUGGGUGAAGGCUUUUUGUUUGCAAUGGCGGCGGUGGCCGCUACGUCGAGCUUGCCUUCGUGUUCGUUUUUCGGUUUGGAUAAAACCGGAAGCGGAAGCAGUGGCUCCUUGAGACUUACAGAGGGAUUCUUUGAGCAGGGGAGGGUUUCGGCCAUUAGUUUUCGGAGGCGCGAGAAACUUGACGCUUCGAUCCGGUCCGGUCGGGCGGAGUUGAAGAUUUCGUGUUGUUUUAAGAAAAAUUCGGGAUCAGAGCGUUUUCAUCAUUCGGUUGAUGCAGCAUUGAUACUCAAGAAAAGGUCAGAAGAUGUCCUCCCCUACCUAAAUGGAAGAUGUAUCUAUCUUGUUGGAAUGAUGGGAUCUGGGAAGAGCACAGUAGGAAAGAUCUUGUCUGAAGUACUAGGUUAUUCUUUUUUUGACAGUGACAAAUUGGUCGAGCAAGCAGUUGGCAUUUCUUCUGUUGCUCAGAUAUUUGAACAGCAUAGCGAAACUUUCUUCCGGGAUAAUGAGAGUAAAGUGUUGAAGGAUCUGUCUUCUAUGAGUCGCUUAGUUGUUGCUACUGGUGGUGGUGCUGUGAUACGGCCGAUCAACUGGAAACACAUGAAUCAGGGAGUCACAGCUUGGUUGGAUGUUCCUUUGGAAGCUCUAGCCAAGCGAAUUGCUGCUGUUGGUACUGCUUCUCGCCCUCUUCUGCAUCAAGAACCUGGUGAUCCCUACACUAAGGCUUUUAAGAAGCUCACUGCACUUUCAGAGCAAAGAGGCAAGGCAUAUGCCAAUGCUCAUGCAAGAGUAGGCCUUGAAGAUAUUGCAUUAAGAAAAGGGCAUGGAGAUGUUUCUGCACUUACACCAACUGAUAUUGCACUGGAGGAAUGUUUUACGAUCUCAUGUUCAGUUGUGCUUUUCUUUUUCCUCCAGCUUUUAUUCGUUCAAAGAAUUGUGAAGUAUUAUUGUUCUGUUUUGCAGGCACUUGUAAUGAUCGAACACUUUCUAACCGAAGAUGCUGCCAUCAGAAAGGGUCAGUUUAUUUAGGGUCGGAGAGUAUCUCAUACAUGAUACAUGGUUCUUUUCUGCCUUCUCUUUGUACCAUUUUGAAAUUUUCUCAACUGUAAUGAGAAUUUUUUUCGCCAAUUAAUUGAUAAACAAAUUAGAUGCUUGAGGAAAAGUCCAGCAUCUUCCCAUUGUACGAUUUACAUUAGCAAUUUAAAUUUUGAUUUCAGAAUGCAUAAUCUUAUUUUAUUUGAACA